GGCUCUGACAGCACAGACCCCAAAGAUGCUACCCAGCCUGAAGGAGACCAGCCUCAGCAGAUCCAGGCGGGCGAGAGAGCCCCGGCCCCUCGAUUCCGCCCCAGAUACCGCAGACCUUUUCGCCCCCGUCCUCCGCAGCAGCCCACCACGGAGGGAGGAGACGGCGAGACGAAAGCGGCUCAGGCGCCGGCGGACGGCAUCCGUCCCGAGCCUCAAAGGCAGCGCAACCGGCCUUACUUCCAGCGCCGGCGCCAGCAGACAGCAGCUCGCCAGGCGGCGACUGAGGCAACCACCAAUACUAAGGAGCAGCCGGCCCCCAGCUCCGCAGCUGCUGGCGGGGACACCCCAGCUGCCAGCACUCCUGUGAUGACUCAAGAGCCUGUGGUGGAAGCCAGCAAGUCUGCUUCCCCGGCCCAGGAAAGCCCCACCCAGCCACUGCCGGAAAUCCAGCAACAGCUUGUGGAUACACCUGAGCCUGGGGGAGAGCUUGCCCCUGCUUUACUGGCGUGAAGAGCCUGCACACACCGAGGGGAUGCCAAGAGCUGCGAUUUGGUGUCCAGAAUGUGCCUCCAACCCAAGUUACCUCAUCCUGCACUUGAAAAGACCCCAAACUUCACCAAUAACCCUCUUUGCUGCUGUUGAAGUUCUAAAAUGUUUAAAAAAGAAGAAAGAAAAAGAAAAAAAGAAGAAUAAACUUGACUGGGGUGGUGGUGGAAUAACUUGACCAGAAAGAAAGGAAAACUGCUUAAAAAAAAAAAAAGAGAGAGAGAAAACUUCAGAAGGGGCUGUUUUGUCUGCCUCUUUCCACAGCUUUGCCAGUUUAAAGGAGAGAAAAAAAUUGAAAACUGGCUGUUGAAUCUUGAGUUAAUUUUUUUUCCUUCCCCCCCCGCCAACCAUUGUUUGAAGAACCACCCUGUGUAUGUGAACCAUUGUGUGCAGUUUGGGCGUCAGUAAAAAGAAAAAAAAUUUGCACAGA